CCCCUGUCUCCUAUUCCUCCGCCGGCUCCCCCGGCUCCUACUCCUCCGCCGGCUCUCCCGCCGGCUCCGGACCCUCCGCCGGCUCCCCCGGCUCCUGCUCCUCCACCGGCUCCUAUUCCCCCGCCGGCUCCCCCGUCUCCUAUUCCUCUGCCGGCUCCUAUUCCUCCGCCGGCUCCCCCGGCUCCUACUCCUCCGCCGGCUCUUCCGCCGGCUCCGGACCCUCCGCCGGCUCCCCCGGCUCCUGCUCCUCCCCCGGCUCCUGCUCCUCCACCGGCUCCUGCUCCUCCGCCGGCUCUCCCGCCAGCUCCGGACCCUCCGCCGGCUCCCCCGGCUCCCCCGGCUCCUGCUCCUCCACCGGUUCCUAUUCCCCCGCCGGCUCCCCCGUCUCCUAUUCCUCUGCCGGCUCCUAUUCCUCCGCCGGCUCCCCCGGCUCCUACUCCUCCGCCGGCUCUUCCGCCGGCUCCGGACCCUCCGCCGGCUCCCCCGGCUCCUGCUCCUCCCCCGGCUCCUGCUCCUCCACCGGCUCCUGCUCCUCCACCGGCUCCUGCUCCUCCGCCGGCUCUCCCGCCGGCUCCGGACCCUCCGCCGGCUCCCCCGGCUCCCCCGGCUCCUGCUCCUCCACCGGUUCCUAUUCCCCCGCCGGCUCCCCCGUCUCCUAUUCCUCUGCCGGCUCCUAUUCCUCCGCCGGCUCCCCCGGCUCCUACUCCUCCGCUGGCUCUUCCGCCGGCUCCGGACCCUCCGCCGGCCCUUCCGCCGGCUCCGGACCCACCGCCGGCCCUUCCGCCGGCUCCGGACCCUCCGCCGGCUCCCCCGGCUCCUGCUCCUCCGCCGGCUCUUCCGCCGGCUCCUGCUCCUAUUCCUCCGCCGGCUCUUCCGCCUCCCCCGGCUCCUGCUCCUCCGCCGGCUCCUAUUCCCCCGCCGGCUCCCCCGUCUCCUGCUCCUCCGCCGGCUCUUCCGCCGGCUCUUCCGCCGGCUCCUGACCCUCCGCCGGUUUCCCCGUCUCCUAUUCCUCCACCGGCUCCCCCGGCUCCUUUGAAGUUCCACUCGGACUGUUUAUUGUGA